UCUGCAUCUAUAUGCAUACAUGUCCACGAGUCUCCGCGCCGGGUUCCUGGCCUUCUCCAUCUCAGACUUAUCCGAGUUGCUCGCACUUCUCCGAUCAUCCCGGGCCUGCGUUUCCCCAUUGAAUACUAUUUCCCUUCCAGCGCUCCGCUAGGGCAUGUGACUCUCACACCGUCGGAGCUGCCUAACACACCUGAGACACAGCCGACUGGGGGACAUAUUCGAAAUUAAUACACUCCCAGAUAUUUCCCGGACGAACAGAGUUCCCCCAGAGUCAUGAUCAAAGAUCCUCCGCAGUACCUUCCUGUCGAUACUUUUGACAACGAUAAUGAGGAGAAAUUUGGUGAUGCAGAGAGGUUCCUUGCAGAAUCUCGUCCCAAGUCACAUAUCCUUCGUGUGCGGCCUAUGUUGAGCCAUGGCGUGUUGAUAUGCACAUCGAUGCUCUUUUUCGCGCUAUGGAUGGGCACGCCUUCGCCCCACCUGCGUGACGACAUUCCUGUAUACUCAAUUGUUGCUGUUGAGCCCGAGAUUAUAAGGUUUAACGGAACUCUCGACUUUCCUUCUAUCUAUCGUGGCCCUCCUUCCCCAGAAAUUGAUGCCGCUUGGAGCAGGAUAGCUGGCGAUGUGCUACCGACUCGAAUGUCGCUUGAGGAAAUUCUCAAAGCCGGCGACGUAGAUUCACCUUCCAAGGUCAAGUAUCCAGCUAAACUUGAUGGGGACUUCAUGGUAUCCAUGGAAGCCCCUCACCAGCUCCAUUGUCUGAAUUUACUUCGCAAAGCCACGUGGCCCGAGUAUUACGGACCCACAGAUAUUUCGUUCCAGGACGAGCCCGAAGUGAUCCGCAUGCAUCUUGAUCAUUGCAUUGAAAUGAUCAGACAGAAUAUCAUGUGCAAUGCCGACGUGACGAUGAUAACAUGGGACUGGGUUGAAGGACACGAUAUCCCAUACCCUAACUUCAACAACCGCCACCAAUGCAGGAACUACGAGAAAAUCUUGGAUUGGGCUGACAAGCACGCUGUUCAUAUCAAUAGUUCCGAGGUUACUCGCCUCGAAGAUACGAUUGAACUCCCCUUACCCUUCUAUCCGAUGAACCAUGAUGUAUAAGGAAUAUUAUGCUGCUUACUUACUAUGUGCAUACACUCACGAGUAUCUUCCAAGAACGGCAAUGAUUAUGAGCUCGAUCGGAUUAAUGCAUUGUUAGUACAUCAAUGACAUAGGAAUGAAUGAAAUAAUGUAUUUGGUCAUC